UUAGUCACGAGUUUCACUUCCACAUGGAUUACCUGAUCGUCAUGAUCUCAGGUAGUUUCUACAGUUUUCCCGGCCAGGUAGGUUGACUUGGAUGUAAGGGACUUGCGUCACUCUCAGGGAUGGGUCGGUCACGUGGUCGGAUUCCUGUCGCUUGUAAGAGUAUGUUUGGUGGAAGGUAAACGGACGGAAGGAAAAGCCAAUUUUCUAACAGGUGGCUGAACCAAGCACAGUUUGCAAACUGAGCCGCAAGGCAAUGUAAGUCUUGCUGAGUGACUGCAUGUGAGAGAGGGCUGAGAACAAUCUCCAUGUCUUCUGGAGGAGGGUCGUCCGCCCGCUUUGACCGGGUGCGAGACCUGCCGCACUAUGACCAGGUGCCCAUCGGGUCGCUGAGGCGGGAGGAUGAGCCGCGCCACCUGGAGGAGCUGAGGGGCUCCGAGCUGGCGCUGAGCUCCGACCCACUCCCGCCCCCUCCACUCCCCGAGCACCCGCCGGUGGGGCCGGAGUUCUACCCCAGCGACAGCGAGGACAACAUCGACGCCCUCGACAUCAAGCCCGUCCGCCGCUUCAUCCCGGACUCUGUGAAGAACUUCUUCCGGGGCAGCAACCGGAGCAGCAAGCAGUGGUCCAUGCCCGCGUCAGAGAACAACAACACCACCUCCGAGGGGGUGCGCUGCUCCCCUCCCCACACGCCCGCCGCCCCUGGCUCCUACCGGGACCCGUACGGGGGGUCGGGGGGCAGCUACAGCUCCCGCAAAGAGCGGGAGGCCAUGCUGCUGGGUGACCCCCUGGAGUCCAUUGACGGGCGCACCGUCCAGACGGCCCUGACCUACAGCGAGCGGGUGGAGGCCUACCAUCAGCGCUACGCCUACAUGAAGUCGUGGGCGGGGCUGUUGCGCAUCCUGGGCUGCGUAGAGCUGCUGCUGGGCGCGGCUGUCUUCGCCUGCGUCUGCGCGUACGUCCACAAGGACAACGAGUGGUACAACAUGUUCGGCUACUCGCAGCCGCAGAUGUACGGGUACAUGGGCCAGGGGGGAGGCGUCGGGGCCGGGGCCUAUUACACGGGGCCCAAGACGCCCUUCAUCCUGGUGGUGGCGGGGCUGGCCUGGGUGGUGACGGUCAUACUGCUGGUCCUGGGCAUGACCAUGUACUACCGCACCAUCCUGCUGGACUCCAACUGGUGGCCCCUCACCGAGUUCAUCAUCAACCUGGCACUGGCCAUCCUCUACAUGGCAGCGGGCAUUGUGUACGUGCGAGACAUCAACCGGGGCGGGCUCUGCUCCUACCCCGUCUUCAACAACGGCAUCAACGGGGCCUUCUGCCGCGCGGAGGCCGGCCAGACGGCCGCCAUAAUCUUCCUCUUCGUCACCAUGCUGGUGUACCUGAUCGGCGCCAUCGUGUGCCUGAAGCUGUGGAGGCACGAGGCAGCCCGCCGGCUUAGGGAGAGCCUGGAGGUCGAGAUGAAAACAACAGCAUCUUCUGUUCCAAGAUCCUUGGUUGUUGCAGGUUCAGUGCCUUCAGAGCAGAUCCAACCUGUUGUCCAAGCUCCGCCCCCAGUGAUGCAGCCAGAAAUCCUGAGCGGGCACAUCCCUGCUGGGCAUAUUCCCAAACCUCUGAUCAUGCCAGACUAUGUUGCGAAGUACCCCACCAUCCGUACGGAUGAGGAACGGGACCGCUACAAGGCGGUGUUCAACGACCAGUACGCCGAGUACAAGGAGCUGCACGCCGAGGUUCAGGCCGUGCUCAGGAAGUUUGACGAGAUGGAUGGCAUGAUGCGCAACCUGCCCCAGCAACCCAUCAGUCAAAUGGAACACGACCGAAUCAACAACAUCCUGCAGGAAUAUCAGAGAAAAAAGACUGACCCUGCUUUCCUGGAAAAGAAGGAGCGCUGUGAGUACCUAAAGAGUAAGCUCUCCCACAUCAAGCAGAAGAUCCAGGAGUACAACAAGGUCAUGGACUGGAACGACGGCUACAGCUAGAGGCGGUCAGAAGGCGCUGCUCGUGGCGACAGAGGCAGGCUCCAAUCUUCUGGGAUGGAUUAGGGAUCUCCGUAUCGCGCCCACUACCUGCAGUGAUCAGCUGUUUACCUUCUGCUGCUACACAAAGAUGUGGAAGUGCACCUGUUGUGUGGAGAGAGUAAAUGUUCCUCUCUCAGAGGAUUGAGAAAGAGAGUACAUUCCUGAUAGUGUGAACAUGGAAAAAGGAAUGGAGAUUUUUUUUUUUCCCCUCUUGCUAUCCCCUCUGAAGGCUCUAAGAUUGCGUGUCAUAUGCUGAAUGUGUGUUAGCUGCAAGACCCAGCAUGUUUCCAUAUGGAAUUUCUGACCAAACUCCAGAGGCCAGCUAAGAGGUCCAAAUGAAACACUUUAUGUCUGUUUCGACACCAAAUCUUUCUUGCGGAGAAUAUUACGUUUAUUUAAGAGGGGAGGGAUGGUUGUCCUAUCAACUUGCUUGUAGUUUUAAUUUUACCUGUCUGUACAUCUGAGAAAUGUCUUUUGAGCCUUUUUUCUGUUUUAGGGAAGAGCUCUGCAGGUUUGUUUUUGUAAUGCCAUGGUU